UUUUAAUCUCACUACCUACAGCUGAAUUAGGUGACUACACUGCUGAAGAAUGUCGACCGGGUUAUGUGAACCAUUUCCGUUUUGUACAAAACCAAAAUGCCGACUUUGAAGCACAAGCAUCUGAAUGGCAUCGUAAAUCAAGUACCCUCUUACCUGCAGCUGCUGAAUUAGAAUACCUUAAUGUGGUUCGUUAUCUGGAUCAUUAUGGAGUUAAAAGUCAUGUGGUUAAAGAUGAACAACAUAACCUUCAAACAAUCACCAUUGGAGUAUCUUUUAUUGGAAUAAGUUUAUUUCGUGAUAAUAAAAUGUUACAACAAUAUUCUUGGGAUAACAUUUCGAAAAUCAAUUUCAAGGGAAAACGAUUCACAAUACAUUUUAAAACGAGUUCAAAAUCAAUGAAUGGUCAUGUCACUUCUAUUAGUGGAUUAACUAGUCCAAUCAUAAAUUUUGAAAGUGAAUUAAAACAACAUUAUCGUUUUCCAUCAGCUGUAAGUACUAAAUUAUUUUGGCAAUAUGCAGUUAGCUGUCAUGCAUUUUUUCGUGUUCGUGAACCAAAUUCUACAACACAACGUAAAUUUACUACUGGUUUAAAUCAACAAACAUCAUCAACUAUAUCAGCAACAGCGCUUUAUGCAGCUAUGUCAAGAAUUGCUAGUGGUUUCCAGCGUUAUUUUUCAAUCACUAGACGAAGUAGUCUUUCAACUGCUACUCCUAAUGGUCCAGUUGGUGGAGUCGGUCGUACUUUAUCUACACUAAUGGAAUUAAGACGCAGCUCCCGGGCCUUUGAUCGUAGUUUUUCAAGAACACAUAGUAGGCGAAGUAAUCCUCUACCUCAGGUCAAUUCAAUUCCAAUCGCAUCACCUUCAUUCAAACCGGAUAGUUCAACUAGUUUAUUGUCUGGAAAUCCUAUAGAUUCAAUUAAUACAACUGGAAAUCAAUCAAAAUCUUAUGCUCAAAUCCCUCCUGGUGCAAAAAUUACUGGCUCUGCCAGUAGUGGAAUAUUAAGUGACAGUAAAAUAACACGUUCCAGCUAUCGUAGCAGUACUAAUCAAAACCGCGAAUCAAAUAACGUUCUAUCAUCGCACACAUCAAUUAAUACUAGUGGUAAAGCAAAGAAGUUAACAACAGAUAUAGAAAAUUCUACUAAUAUCAUUCGUUUAUCUAGUCAUUCAAAACAGAAUUGUAAUGAGAUAUCAUCUCAAAGGAAUCCAACUAAUAUAACACCUAAUCAUUUAGAUAAACCUGUUCGACCUAAAUCAUUUAAAAUAACUAGCCCAGUAAAUAGUGUUACUGGAGGAACUACACGAGUCAGUCAACGACGUCAACACAACCAACAGUCGUCUGUUCCUCUUCAAAACCAACACCAAGAAACGAAUUCCUCUAGCCAUCAACAACACCAAAACCAUUCUACUGUUGUCAAUGAUUCCAAAAUUUUGUCUAAAAAAUCUCAGAAACUACAAAUGAUUGAAAAUGUUGAGUAUAAAGAAACAGACACCGUUGAUGCUACAAUUAACAGUAAUUAUACAAAUAAUCAAGAAUUUGAUAAGGAUGAAACUACUGCUUAUUGGAAUACACGCAGAUUACAACGUUUUCAAGCAAAUAAUAAUAAUAAUCUUUUCUUUAGUACGAGUACAGCCUCAACAAUACCAAUGACAGUAACAGCAUCGACAUCCACACCAAUAACAACAUUGAGUAAUUCAAAUUAUUCAAAAACUCAUUCCGUCUCUAAUAUAAAUAAACAUGACGACUCUGGUGAGAAUGAUUAUGUUAGUUAUAACCGUACGGUUAGGCGUGUUGAUGAAGACCCGCAAUACUUAAAAUCUUCACGUGUAUCCUUGAAUAAUGCACUGAAUCGUUCAAACAAUUCAUCUCGCAAUCAAUUAAAUCAUUCUAUCAAAGGUCAUGAUCAAUCUAUUAAUCAGAAAAAAGAGCAUUCAGAUGUAAUAAACAACAAUGAAGUUGAAGUCGAUAAUUCCCAACACACACGUAAUAAAGGUUUAAAUAAAGAUCCAUUUCAUCCAGGUGCCCCAGACGUUGAAAAUUCACUUCACCCACCUGAUGAAAUUAAUGAAUUAAAUUCCGAAGGACUAGUCCGUAUUUCCAUCAGACCUGACAGUCAUGGACGAUUUGGAUUCAACGUAAAAGGUGGGAUUGAUCAUGGAAUGCCGAUUAUAGUUAGUCGUGUUGGUGCUAAUAUGCCUGCUGACCUAUGCAUUCCUAGACUUUCAGAGGGUGAUCAAAUCUUAUUCAUCAAUCAUAAAGAUGUUUCAAACCAGACCCAUUUACAGGUUGUAAAUAUGAUACGUGCUGCAAGUGAACAAAAUUAUGGUACACUUGAGCUUUUAGUUAAACCAAGUGACUAUGUAACAGAUGAUGUAAACGAUGACAAUCCUAUCCCAGAUUCUGGAGAUGCUCCUCCAGUUCCACCUAGAUCUUAUAACUCAUCUAUCCGUCGACCAACACUUUCUUUAGAGAAAUUUGCAAGAAAUUCAAAACGUUUAACACGUUUUUCAUUUAAAUCAUCAUCAUCAAAUAAUGCAAUGGAUCGAGAUCAUAACAAUAGUAUCGUACAUAGAUAUUCUUUUUCUGGUUCAACAUUAUUAGAUUCAAUGAUAGAAUUAGAAUGUCAUUUAGCUGAUGGAUCAUUGUUAAAUCAAUUCGAACAUCUGCCUAGAAGAAAAUCUGGUCUCACAAUGAAUGUGUCUCGUUUAAGCGAGAAUUCAAUAAAAAAUCGUUAUCGUGAUAUUUCACCAUAUGAUCAAACUCGUGUCAUAUUAAAACAAGGAUCUGGAGAUUAUAUCAAUGCUAGUUUUGUAAAUAUGGAAUUCCCAAAAUGUGGAGUAAAUCUUCGUUAUAUCGCAGCUCAAGGCCCAUUACCAAAUACUUAUGGUGAUUUUUGGCAAAUGUGCUGGGAACAACAAGUUUGUUUAAUCGUUAUGUUGACAGCUAUAAGUGAACGUGGUCGAGCAAAGUGUCAUCAGUAUUGGCCAGAUCUUAAUCAUACAGUAAACUUUUCUGUUUCUUCAAGUCCCAGGAUUUCACAGUCCCGUAGUUCAACAGAUCUACAAUUGAAAACUGUACGAGAGGAGAUUAUUACUGAUAUUGCUUAUCGGGAAUUCGAUAUUACUCAAAUUCCUUCACAUCGUGCCUCUUUGCAAUCAGUGUUAAGGAAACAAACAGAAACACGUCGUAUUUCACAACUUCAAUAUAUCAGUUGGCCAGAUCAUGGUGUACCAAAUGAUACUGAUCAACUCAUAUCAUUUGUAGAACAAGUUCAACGAAUUCGUGGCAAAAAUCAUGCACCAAUAGUUGUGCAUUGUUCUGCUGGUAUUGGUCGAACUGGUGUACUAAUUGCUAUUGAAACAUCAAUUAAUUUAAUGGAAUGUAAUUAUCCAGUUAAACCUUUAGAGUUAGUUCAACGAAUGCGCGAACACAGAGCUAUGCUUAUUCAAACCACUGGUCAAUUUCAAUUUGUAUGUGAAACUAUUCUCAAGGUCUUUCAUCGCAACCAUGCUGAAAAUUUGCUCAAGGAUUCCACUAUUAUAACAAACAAAUCUUGAUAAAUUAUUUGUAGAAAACAAAAAUAAUUCAAAGAAUCAAAUGUGAAUUUUUCUAUACAUUAACAUUUUAAAAUCCCACCAUUGAUACCUACUCUCACUUAAAAUAUUCAAUUGUCUAUAACUACUUGUUAAUACUGUAUAUUAUUAUUGGUAAUCUUUAGUUUUAAUUAUUUGUUCAGAAGACAAAUGGUUUCUUUGUCUGUUUCCAACUUAUCAUAUAUAUAUUCAGUAUUUAUAUUCAAAUAAUGUUGCGUUUAUUUGGCAAAUGAAUAUCUCAUUCCUGUCCAAUCAUUUUAAUAGAUUUGUUCUUCUAUCCUAUUGUUCCAGUUAACAAAAUAUUUUUCAGCUUUUUUUUACAUAAAUAUAUAUAUAUAUAUAUAUAUAUAUAUAUAUAAUUUUUUUUCCUUUUACCACAAUUUCGGUGAUAAAAAUAGUGCAUUCUUAGACAAUCCAUUGAAUUUAAUUAACUUAAUUGUGUUUCGAUUCUGUAUAAUCUACUAUGUGAUAUUGAUUUACAUUUUUUUCUUAUAAACUAUUGAUACCUUGAAUUUCAUUACAUAUCUUUGUAAUCAACAAAUCCUAUAAUCCACUUAUUAGUUAAUCAUGUUCAUUGUUUAUCAUCAUAUUUACAACAGAUUAUGUAUUGAUAUUAUUGUCUGUUGUUUCUAAGCUGAUCAUAUCUAAAGCAAACGUUUGUAAGCAUACAAAGUUGAUGAUAGAGUGAUAUGCAUUUUUUUCUCUUCAAGUAUCAACUUUUUUUUAUAUAAUUUUAGAUAUCUUUUGUCUCAAAUUUCAUUUAACUGAUUAAUCCUUUAGUUGACUUGUAGUUAACAGGAGAGACAAGACAAUGAAUCGCUUCUUUAUUUUAUUCAUUCCUUUGGAUCAUCUUUAUCAAACGAUGACUUAUAAUUUGAAUUACAAGUGAAUACCUUAUUGAUUUUGUUUUCAUAGAUUUCAGUGUUUUUUCGCUGUUUCUUUUUUUGCAUCUUGGUCACUGUGGUUUGGUUAGCUUCGUAUUCUUUUUGGUUUUACGAAAUCAGAAAUUUAUUUAACGGAAAAACAUGUUUUCUUUUAAACACAUACACACAAAGAUGCACAUACGAAUACAUACGUGCACAUUUACAUACAUUACAUAUUUUCAUAAGUGAUUGCACAAUUUUUUUCGCGUUAAUAAAUAAGAUUCUACUUUUUUCCCUUUAUACCUUUACACACAUUUAAUAAACAUUUUGAAGAAAUUCAACGGUUUACGUUGUGAUUCAUUUAGUUUCUGGGAGGAAGUGCGAGGUUGUUGACUAAUCGAAAUGUCCGAUAUUUUUAAUAAGAUGUUGACUUAAGUGUUUUAUGUGCUUUUAUUACAAAUCGUUGAGAAAAAUUAGUGAAAACAAAUGUGGUUAUCAAAUAAUCCUGAGUCUCUUUUGAACGUUUAUCUUAU